GCUGAACCUGAACCAGAACAUGAACAACACGCAAUCCAAGACAACAUCGGCCGAUGAGAUUUACCGCGCCUGAAUUGAACAAGAACUUUUUACAAGUAUUAACACGCACUUGUCAUCCUCUUCUCUCUUCUUUUUCUCUUCUCUUUAUUUAUUGCCAACCUGCUCGGCACUCUCUUGACUUUUCUUACAUAUACUUACCUACUUACCACACUAACCACCACGACCACGCUAGGUGACGCUACCCGCUGACAUCCGCAUCCGUAAUCGCUGGGCGAAACCAUAUCCCAUACACCUAUUUUGUCCCUGCCUUUGCCCACUUUUCUGGUCCCUUCAUCGCUCUGGACCUCUCCUCUCGAUAUCAUCAAAACUUAUGGCAACUCCAGCGACUUCAACAGAGCCCCUGAGGGCUCCCUCACCUACCCAUCAACAACCGACCACCACAACCACAACAAUGACCGAUGCGCACCCACAAACGGAGACAUCGCACGCUACGACCCUUCAAGUCCCGGGCCAAGCACACGUCGGCAGUGCCAAUGAGGAUCCCAGCACGCGAAGCAUCGCCGAGAGUGCAAGCCAAACUGGAAGCCAAAAUCCCGAUCACGUCCCCAGCAGAGUAACAACGCCGCAACCCUCCGAGCUGCCCUCAGCCCUAUUCCCUCACACCCAAGUCACCUAUGAUGAUCCCGACUUCACGCGGCCGCCGCCGUUGAAUUAUUCUCUGCGGACGAGGAAGAAGGCCAUCUUCUGGUUCUGGCUGUUGAUCAUCCUGGACUGCGUUUUCAUGCCAAUUGGACUCUACUUUGGCAUGUGGUAUGGCACAACGCGCGACCAAUUGUCGGCAAAUGCAGUCUUCAGUAUCAGUACUGCCCUUCUCGGAACCGUCUCGAUCGUGGAAUACUUUAUCCGUUUUCACCGAUUGUUCAAGAAGAAUUCCAGCUGCCGGGUCAUUGGUGCGCACAGAUGGUAUCUGGAUUGGUUUCACUGGAAUUUGUCUGUUGGAUGGUUCUUUGUCAUGAUCGAACUGAUUGCUGGCACAUGUCCCCAUGAUCCACCCAUCCGUCUGCUGGCCAUUCCCGCGUCCACCAUGAUCUUCGCCAUUGGCGUGGAGCUUCUCCUCGUCGAUAUCCUCCGCAUCUGGGGUGUUCCAGCCCCAUGCAGGAUUUCCUCGCUCCCCGUCGGCGCUCCUCUCCGCCCAGGAAUCUACGCCUACAUCGAGGAUAUCUGCGCAGUAGAUGGCUCUGGAGGCACCGAGUUCCGCCAGAGAUUGAACCUCCGUUACCAGGCCAGCAAAGCCUUCCGCGAGAUGCUCCACCGUUUGACCCUUUUCUGGGCCAUUGGCGCCAUCGUCUGUGCUGCAGUCACCGUUGCUAUCGUAUUUACCAUCGAUAGAGAUGCUGCCUACGUUGUUGGAUGGACUCUGCCUUUCGUCUGGGCAGGUCUCUGGACCGCCCUUACGAUCCCUUGGGUGCAAAGGAGCCUCAAGCAGGAGUACGAACAGUGGACCAAUGUCAAGUGGAAGGCUUGAAUCGAAGACAGUCCCGACAUCGUGCAUCCAAAAACAAACAACCAAUUUUCUUUGUAGUAAAUCAUAAAGUUGCGAACCCUCUGUAAGACUAUCUAUUAGCAUGGCGCUGGUGUCUUCCUGUUCAGGUUGAAAACGGGGAGAGGGGAAAAACAUAUUUAAAGGACAUUUCUUAUCUUUUUCUAGAUACCACUAUAACUAAAGUACUUUUUCGCAAGAAGCUGGGCUAUAUAUAAUUCUAUUCAAAGUCCUUUCGAAAAAA